CUGGGAGCACGCGAGCCGUCUAUAAGUACCGCCGCGGCGUGUGUCGGUGGCAGAAGCGGAGACUUGCCCCGCACGGUGCAACGCACGCCCCUGUAGUCAGAUGACAGCUCGGUGAUAACAAGCGACAUAGCGCAAACCGAUCGGUGGGAACCGAAUGUCAAGCCUCUCUUUUAUGUUCUGCAGUGGCUCAACGUGAAUUUUUGAGACAUCUCAAGAUUUUCUCAACGUUUUUCUUUUCCCGGCGCUUCCAAAGAGGAUUUACUUCUUUGCUUUUUUUUUUUUUACCUGGUUUGAUCAAUAAUGCCAGCUGACACUAUGGAAAAGCAAACGGCAUCCCCCAUUGCCGGCGCCCCUGCAAACGGAACACACACACCGGACAAACCCAAAAAUGCCAGCGAGCAUAGAAAAUCAUCCAAACCGAUCAUGGAAAAACGCCGGAGAGCCAGAAUAAACGAAAGCCUUGGGCAGCUCAAGACUCUCAUCCUGGACGCACUUAAAAAAGAUAGCUCCAGACACUCUAAAUUGGAGAAAGCAGAUAUCCUGGAGAUGACUGUGAAGCACUUGAGGAAUCUGCAGCGGGUACAGAUGAGCGCAGCGCUCUCAGCAGAUGCCACCGUCCUGAGCAAAUACAGGGCAGGAUUCAACGAGUGCAUGAACGAGGUCACCCGCUUCCUCUCCACCUCAGAGGGGGUGAACACGGAGGUGAGGUCGCGGCUCCUCAGCCACCUGUCCAGCUGCAUGAGCCAGAUGAUGUCCAUGAACUAUCCGCAGCAGGCCGCGUCCCAGCAGACGCACCUGGCUCAGCCCCUCCAUGUGCAGCUCCCAUCUACUCUGCCCAUCAGCGGUGCUGCAAUGGGCUCCAAACUCAGCCCCGCCGAGGCCGUCUCCCCUAAGGUCUUUGGUGGGUUCCAGCUGGUGCCCGCAACCGACGGACAGUUCGCUUUUUUGAUCCCUAACCCGGCCUUUGCCUCCGCCACAGCGCCUGUCAUCCCGCUUUAUGCAAACGCAGGAGUGCCUGUUGCGGUCAACGCCAGUCCGGUGCAUGGCAGCUCGGCACCGACUGCAGCAUCUCCGGUCCACGGCUUGACGUCCUUCUCCGGGGGUUCCCAAGUGGUCAGCCCGGUCGGGGUCAGCACCGGCUCGGAGAGCAGCGAGCCUGUGUGGCGGCCUUGGUAGUGCACAGGACAAGAGCCUGCAUGUGACACCAGUUUGCAUUACUUUUCCAGUGUAGACAUUUAACUGACUGCACAUACAACUUUUGCAGGGUUGAAACCUGGAACUUUUCCCGCUACUGGACGGUAGCUCUAACCACUUAAUACCACCCAGUAGUUCUCAUUGUUUCGUUUUAUGGAACAGGGCAUGUUUUUUUUAAUUAAUUUAUUGUCUGAUUCCAAUAUUUGGAUGUCAGUGAUAAAUGCUGUACAUGCAGAUGAAAGAUUUAUAGGAACUCUUUAUGAAGUACUUUUUAUGAAAGGGUUUAGUUUUGUACAGAGUUGUUAUUGAUUGUCAUACCAAAGCUGUGUUUUAUAUCCUUUGUUGUUUUGUGUUGAAAUGAAAACACUGAAGUUGGGUGAUGGCAGUGUUUUAAUAAACGAAAAUUCAGAAAUCAA